AUGGCUCCAAAUAUGGCAAAAGAGGCAUCGAGUGCGGCGGCCGUUAACAGGUUGGUGAACACAAUUUCAAAUUUAAAAAAUGAGAUUUGUGAUAUGAAGAAGCAGAUGAAGUCCUGUUUCGAUAUUAUAAAUGAGCAAAAUAGGCUACUUACAUGCCAGAGCAAGCACAUCGAAACAAUCUUACGCACUGUAACUAACACCACAGACACCACAGUAGAUCAGCCCCACAAUGUCUCUUAUGAGCCACUAAACCAAUCGGGUCCUCAGGGCCUGAUAUUCAUUGAUGAUGACCAGGUUGAUGAUGGAGAAAUGGAUCAAUCGACAUCGAACUCCGUGAUGCCAACAGCUACUGCCACAUCAAGUCCCAAGUCUGACAGUUCUGCGACGUCUAGCCCUGUCACUUCAAGCCCCGUCCUUAAGACAGCGGAGUCCAAUCCGACUGAUGCCCCACCUGCCGCCGAGAAACCCAGUGCCCGCUCGCGCCGGUAUGCUGCGAAAACCAAGGCCACGCAGGGUCAGUCCACAGGCACCAAGGGCAAUACUGCUGCUUUGAACGUGGCUGACGCGGUAGGGCUACCUGCAGCACCCAUUACACCUGCAAAUCCACCUCCAGUUCCGAGUACCAGCGGCCUGCGUGCAGCAGGUCCCCGCGUCGUUCGUCUGCACGUCUACAACCUCAGCGAAGACACCACAGCUGAUGAUGUCAUCCUCCACGUCCAGAACCAGAUGAAGAUUGCGGCCCCAGUGUGUGAAAAGCUGGUGGUAACUCGAGGCAACUACACGUCAUUCCGCCUGGACGUGCCGGCUGACAAAGUGAAGGUCGCCCGAAGUGCAGCAAAUUGGCCAGAUGGUGUCAGGAGCGGUAAAUACCCCAGUGUACUUAAGAAUACCCGAGUCUGUCCUGUGUACAAGGGUAAGGGUGAGAGGGAUGACGUGAACAACUAUCGACCAAUCACUAUCGUCCCCACUAUUUCAAAAAUAGUGGAGUCCAUUCUGUCCUCCAGCCUGAUGACAUAUCUAGAAAAACAUGCCCUACUUACUGAUCAGCAAUACGCAUACAAACGCAACCGGUCAACUACAAUGGCGGCGCACAAGAUCAUUGACAACAUUAUCACAGGCCUCGAUGAGAAGCACAAGACGGCAGGCAUUCUGUGUGACUUAUCAAAAGCAUUUGAUGUUAUUAACCACGACCUACUGUUAACUAAACUAAGCAUGUACGGUAUUACAGAUUCUGCUCUUAAAUUGUUCACGUCAUUCCUGUCGGACCGUAAGCAGGUGGUGAAACUGACCACGAAUGGGAAAGUACUCACCUCGGAUAUGGGUCAUGUCAACUUGGGUAUUCCACAGGGCUCUGCGAUUGGCAAUACGUUAUUUUUGCUAUUUAUUAAUGAUCUGCCUUCAGCAAUAACGAGCGGCAUUCCUAUACUCUUUGCGGAUGACACGACAGUUGUAGUGAGGGCCCAAAAUCACGAACAGUUGGCUGAAAGAAUCAGUGAGGCAUGUGAACAGCUUCAGGCGUGGUUCUCGUCGAAUGGUUUGCUCCUGAACGUCGCGAACCUGAUCUCGUGCUGCAGCUGUGACCUCUUCAGCAAAGCCACCAGGACCCGAGCUGAUGAGCUAGAUGUCAGGAACAGUGUGUUUGACUUCAUCAUCAUAGGGGGAGGCACGGCUGGCUGCAUCCUGGCUAACCGACUGUCUGCUGUUCAGGAGUGGAAGGUAACCAGAUAUGAAUUCUUUAGCAAAGCCCGGACCCGAGCUGAUGAGCUAGAUGUCAGGAACAGCGUGUUUGACUUCAUCAUCAUAGGAGGCACGGCUGGCUGUAUCCUGGCUAACCAGCUGUCUGCUGUUCAGGAGUGGAAGGUUCUACUUCUCGAAGCGGGUGAUGAAGAAAACAUAGACUAUGACAUCCCAGGUGUCCCAACUACGGCCUACCGUCCCAUCCUCUGGAACUACCGGACUGAACGGAACAAUUUUUCCUGUCUGUCCCGACCGGGGGGCAGCUGUGAAGUUCGGACGGGGAAGGUCCUGGGCGGGUCAUCUGUCACCAACGACAUGAAAUACACCAGAGGUCACAAAGUGGACUACGAUGCUUGGCAUAAGGAUACUAUUGGGGCUGUGGACUGGAAAUUCGGGAAUCUGAUGGAGUAUUUUAAGGCUUCAGAAGAUAAUGGUGAUUACGACGUAUUGAUGAACUCUUUCUACCACUCCCGCGGAGGGGAGAUGCGUCUGCAGAGGUUCAAGUACGUCGACAAAUACAUCGAGACCUUCGCCACGGCCUUCGCCGAGAUGGGCCUCCGGACCAUGGACAUAAACACCAACGCUGCUGAAGCCAUCGCUCUCAACCAGUUCGCCGUCUCUAACAACACUAGGCUCAGCACCAACACAGCUUUCCUCAAAACUGUCAGACAUAGGAAAAAUCUCAUAGUCAUGACUGGUGCCACAGCCACAAAAAUAGUUGUUGAUAAACAAGAGAAAACUAUAGAGGGAGUUUAUUAUGAAGUGGAAAAGGGAAAAGAAAGACCCGCGUACGCUAAGAGAGAAAUCAUUUUAACUGCUGGGGCAAUAAAUAAUGUAAAACUACUACAUCUAUCUGGAAUAGGACCUAAAGCUGAAAUGAAGAGGCUUAAUGUCAGUUUAAUUGUGAACUUGCCUGUUGGCUUGAAUUAUAGAGACCAAGUCACAACUGGAGGACUAGCUUUUGCUUUAAGUGAUGUCGCACCAGUCAGUGAUAAUGAUAUUAUUAAUGAUUUUAAGAAAUGGUUCACUAGUAGGAGCGGUACCUUAGCGUCCAGAGGAAUAAAUCAGCUAUCCGCAUUCAUACAGUUAUAUGAAAAUGAAAAUGCGCCAGAUGUAGAGUUAAGUUUAGAAGGAAACUUCAUAAGGAGUGAUAAAUUUCUGUUAAAUAAUGUCACUGUACACGCAGCGGAAGAAACUCAACUACCGUUGGCUUAUUACAAUCUAGUUAAUAUUUAUCCAAUUUUACUUAAACCAAAGAGUAAAGGAAAGGUAACGCUUAAUAAAAGGAAUCCAAAAUACGGUCGGCCUAUAAUACAAGCUAACUUAUUAAAGGAGACUGAAGAUUUAGAUACAUUAAUAGAUAGUGUAGAUAUAGCUUUACAGAUCCUUGACACAAAAGAGAUGAAAAAGAAUGAGGUUAAAUUUGCACCAUUAGAUUUGUUUCCGUGUGAUCGAUUAAAGAAUAGAGAACAAUGGAAUUGUAUCGCGAGACAUUAUACCAAGGCUGUAGGUAACCCCAUUGGAACUUGCAUGAUGGGUGAAAAUAGCACAAAUUCUGUAGUCGAUUUUCAGUUAAGAGUACACGGCAUUGAAGGCCUUAGGAUUGUAGAUGCCUCUGUGAUGCCGACGCACGUUCGUGGUAGCUUAUUUGCACCAACAAUGAUGAUUGCAGAAAAGGCGUCGAAGAUGCUGCUCAAAGACUGGAAAGAAAACAAGGGGCAGUCAUUUAACAAGCGAUAG